UUUCGGUAACUUCGCAUCUGCUUGGGCCGUGCUGGUGAUUUUGCAAUAUCGCAGGGUUGGUUUCGUAAUUAAAUACCCGGAAUUUAUUAAUACUUUUAUCAUUAUUAUUAUUGAUUAGAAACAGAGGAAGUUAUAGGAUAUAUGUAAUGGAUAUUUGUUAGCAGCUCUUUUGCUUUCGGUCGCACACGCGAAACAGAGAGGAGUGAGAAAGCUAUAACUAUCAAUCAAGGUCGGCGGAUUGGGAAAAUUCAUCCAAUAAUUUAAAAACAGAAUUUCCUGAAUCUUUGGCGAACUUUAAUUUUCCAUUUUCCGGACGGGGUUGAAAAGAUCGAAUGAUCUUAAAAUUUCCCAAUUCGAGCUGAUCCAUCGAAGUUCGAAAUCCUUGAGUUCGGAAGUAGGGGGGAGCACUGUUUCGUCAUGCAAGAAAUCCACUCGAUCGGCGGCGGAGGCACCAGAAUAUUCGGCGGCGACCGGCGGUUCCGGCAACACCACCACCCGAACCAAGCCCUCAAGUGUCCGCGCUGCGACUCCCUCAACACCAAAUUCUGCUACUACAACAACUACAACCUCUCGCAGCCGCGCCAUUUCUGCAAGAGCUGCCGCCGGUACUGGACCAAGGGCGGCGUCCUCCGCAACGUCCCCGUGGGCGGUGGCUGCCGGAAAACCAAGCGCUCCAAGCCCAAGCCCUCCUCCGACGCCCCCUGCCAGAAGAAAGCCAGCUCCCAUUCUAGCAGCGAGAGUUCGAGCCUCACGGCGGCAACGGCCACGACGGCGAGUACGAGUACGGCGGUGGCGACGGAGGCGCUCUCGGCUCCUUGUUCUAGCUCACCGUCGACGCUGCUGAGCAAGUUCUUUAUUCCCGAAACUGGUACGAACCCUACUAGCUUCGAAACGGCGUCGUUGAUUGAGCAGUCGUCGCCGGACGGCAUGAUUUUCUCGGAGAUGGGGAGUUUUACAAGCUUGAUGGCGGAUCCGGCAAUUCUGAGCUACAAUGCAAGCUCGGACGCAUUACCAUUCAGAUUGCAUCAACAGAUGAAUCAAGAACAAGUACCGCAGCAGCAGCAGUGGCAACUGCAGAGGAUGACGAGCAUGGCAGAGGAGGAGCUCAAGAUGCAGGAUAUCACCGCAGGGUUUCUUGAUCAGACGGUCCAGAGUGAUCACCUGCCGGGGCUUCACGACAGACCAAGCACCGCAGGAUUCACACCGUUGGAUUGGCAAACCAGCGGAGAGCAAGUGAGUUUCUUUGAUCUUCCAGGCACCGCUGAUCAAGGGUACUGGAAUCAGAAUCAGUGGGCUGAUCACGAUCACCCGCUCUAUCUCCCGUAAAUUAAUUCAACUCUCAAAUUAAACCUCCCAAAAAAAAAAAAAAACUAUAUAUCAUAGAGAGAGAAGAUUAUUAUAAUUAUUAAUAUUAAUAUGAAUGACUCAUCCUCAUCAUCAUCAUCUUCGUCGUCGUCGUCGUCGUCGUCAUCUUCUUCUUCUUCUUCUUCUGGUUUUUUUUUUUUUUUUUUUUUUGCAUGUAAAUUUUUUAAUGCUCAGUUUUACUGUGUUUAAUUUUUGGGGGGUUUAUUAUUGUGGUGGUGAUUUUUUGUUUUGGGAGGUGGGGCUGACUGGCUUUGAUCGUCAUGGUCGUCUGCAAUACUGACUUUCAUAUAUGUUAGUGUCGUCCCUCUUGAUCAUCUCCAAGAUUUAUCUGGGGUUUUUAAUUAUUGCUUGUUCCUCAGAAAUUGUAUCUGUGAUUAAAAGUUAGUAAUUAAAUAUAAAGCAAGUAUAGCUUGUUUUUUGUUCU